UAAUCAAUUCUCUUUCCGGCUCAUAUUGCAUUGGGUUUAACGUAUUGGGCUGUCACGUGAUUGAGGAACGAGUCAAAAACCCGAUAGACUCGAACUAUGAACUAAUCAAUUCUCUUUCCGGCUCAUGCUGCAUUGGGUUUAAUGUAUUGGGCUGUCACGUGAUUGAGGAACGAGUCAAAAACCCGAUAGACUCGAACUAUGAACUAAUCAAUUCUCUUUCCGGCUCAUGCUGCAUUGGGUUUAAUGUAUUGGGCUGUCACGUGAUUGAGGAACGAGUCAAAAACCCGAUAGACUCGAACUAUGAACUAAUCAAUUCUCUUUCCGGCUCAAGACUGCAUUGACUGACAGGUGAAUUACUACUACUAGAACAGAACCCAUAGAAUAAUGCGCAUGCGCGACUGAACGAAUCACUCCCCGAGACGACUCGUUCUUCCCGAGUCACAUUAAAGAUUCGUUCAAAAUGAACGAAUCGUUCAAGAACGACACAUCACUAGUACACAUUCACACUCGCAGGGUUGAUACGCUGUCCGGGCUUCAGUGCAGCACACGGACUAUGGAACGGGACGAGUCUCCUCUCUUUCACUCCCACGAGUGGAAUGCGAGACGGGGACAGACAUGACAGCGAACAGCCGAGGGACCAGAGCCGCUCCUGCCCCCGUGCAGCCGCGGCUGUCCGCGCUACCGAGGCCGGGAGUCUGGCUGCUCCGGUACGCCGCGCUGGUGGCGGUGUGCGCGCUCUGCUACAGUAACUCGCUCUGGGGGGAGUUUGUUCAUGAUGAUAUAUGGGCCAUCACCAACAAUCCAGAUGUCAGACCGGGCUCCAGCCUCCGGAGCAUCUUCACCAAUGACUUUUGGGGCAAACGGAUGGCUGAUAACACCAGCCACAAAUCCUACCGUCCGCUCUGCAUCCUCACUUUCAAGUUAAACAUUUUGCUGGGCGGCAUGACUCCAUUCUACUUCCACCUGGUGAACGUGUUUCUGCACUGCAUGGUGACGGCGCUGCUCAUGCACACCUGCGAACAGUGUGUGUUUGAAGACAGCAACUUCUCUUUCCUCACCGCACUGCUUUUCUCUGUUCACCCCAUUCACACCGAAGCUGUAUCUGGGAUCGUUGGGAGAGCAGAUGUGUUAGCCAGUAUGUUGUUCCUCCUGGCGUUUCUCUCCUAUAUUAGGAGUGUGUCAGCGAGCAGAAUGGCAGACAGGUUUCCCCCCACAGUGUCUGUCUUGUCACUGGCUCUCAGUCUGCUGUUGGGCACCUGUGCGAUGCUGGUGAAAGAGACGGGUGUUACGGUGUUUGGUGUGUGCGUCCUAUAUGAUUUCCUGGUGCUUUGUCGCAAACCACUCAUCUUGCACCUGUCGCACUCCAGGUUGAAGGAGCUCGUCAGAAUUUCCAGCCCAUUCAUCAAACGCGCUUGUGUCAUCUCGUUACAUGUUACAGUCAUCAUGUCUUUCCGUUUAUGGUUGAUGGGUGGAUCCAUGCCGCUGUUCUCAGAGCAAGACAAUCCAGCAUCCUUCUCUCCAUAUCUACUCACCAGGUUUCUUACAUACUGCUACUUGCUCGCCUUCAAUGCCUGGCUCUUACUGGCUCCCAUAGUGCUUUGCUAUGACUGGCAGGUGGGCAGCAUUCCUUUAGUGGAGUCUCUGUGGGAUGGACGGAAUAUUGCUUCCCUGACUUUGGCUCUCGUCAUGCUGGCGCUGAGCCUGAACUGUGUUACAUGCUUACAGAAGAUGAAAGGGAAGGAGGUGUUGGUGGGCGUGCUGUUCCUGAUUUUUCCCUUCAUCCCAGCCAGUAAUCUGUUCUUCCGCGUUGGAUUUGUGGUGGCAGAAAGAGUUCUCUACAUGCCCAGUAUGGGGUACUGUGUUCUGGUGGUGCAUGGGCUGAACAGACUGUAUUCAGUUGUCAGUCGGUGGGGAGCGGCUGCACUAACUGUGUCCAUGCUGGUUGUCCUCCUCCUCUUCUCCUGGAAGACCGUCCAACAGAAUGAGAUCUGGCUCUCCAGAGAAGCCCUGUUCAGGUCUGGCAUUCAGACUUUACCUCAUAACGCUAAAGUUCAUUACAACUAUGCCAACUUCCUGAAGGACAGGGGACGAAACCAAGAAGCCAUUUAUCACUACAAAACAGCCCUCAGACUGUACCCCCGACAUGCCAGUGCUCUGAAUAAUCUGGGCACCCUGACUCACCAGGCUGAGGAGGCUGAAGAUUAUUACAGGAGAGCGCUGAAUAUUAACCCUCAACACAACAGAGCUCUCUUCAACCUGGGCAACCUUCUGAAGUCUCAGGGGAAGGAGGAAGAGGCAGAGAGGAUGUUGAAGGAAUCUAUUCGUUUCGGUCCCCAUUUUGCUGAUGCCUAUUCCAGCCUCGCCUCUCUAUACGCUGACCAGGGGCAUUCAAAAGAAGCAAAUGAAAUUUACACCAAGGGUAUUGAGAACUGCCCCGACAGUUCUGACCUCCAUAACAACUACGGCGUGUUUCUGGUGGACACAGGUCAUGGAGAUCGUGCAGCCUUUCAUUACCAGGAAGCGGUGCGUCUCAAGCCAUCUCACUAUGUUGCCAUGGUGAACCUGGGUCGUCUUCUUCGCUCGUCCAAUGACAAUAAAGAGGCGGAGCUAUGGUACAAAAGGGCCCUGCAAGUGGUUCGUAAAGUGGAUAUCCUGACCCCUCUUGGGGCUUUAUACUACAACACCGGUAGAUACGAGGAGGCACUGGAGGUUUACAGAGAGGCGGCCACACUUCAGCCCGACAGCACUGAUAUCUGGCUCGCUCUGGCGCAGGUUUUAGCCAUGGCAGGUCGCUCUGUGGAGGCCGAGAAAAUGACCCUGGGCAUCAUUUCAAAGACCAGCAACUGCACUGAAUGUUACCGCUUGUUGUCUGCCAUCUACAGCAAACAAGGCAACCACACUGAGGCAUUGGAUGCGUUGAAGACAGCACUGCAGCAGGAGCCGUCAGACCCUGCGGUGAGGGCAGAGCUGCACUUCUCCAUGGGCAACCAGCUCAGAGAGAUGAACGAGCUUGAUCGAGCCUUCCAGAGCUACAAGCUUGCUGUCGAGCUGAAACCUGACCAAUCACAAGCCUGGAUGAAUAUGGGCGGCAUUCAGCAUAUCAAGGGAGACUAUGCAGCAGCAAGAAUGUACUACCAAAGAGCUCUUCUCCUCUCACCCGGCUCCAAACUGCUGAAGGAAAACCUGGCCAAGCUGGACAGACUAGAGAAAAAACUCCAAGGGGCCUAGAGGAUCAGCGUGACCUGAACUCUCAGCCAAAUGAUGAAGGACAAGCAACUGAGACACAGAAGGGUGAAGAGAAGGGCCGAACUAAGACAUGCAAACUACGGUUUGGACUCAGGAGAUGAUUAAUGACCGCUUCCUUCCCCUAGAGUUUAAAGAGAGGCUCUAGAAUUGAACUAAUCCAAAAGACUGAGCGUCCAGAGCUGGACCAAGCAGAUACCAUUGACCUCAACACAUCACUGCAUAAUCUCAGACAAAUGAGUUCUCAGAUAUGACUAGCUGUGUUCCAUGAACACGGCUGAUCAGGUGGUCUGCUUGUAUUUAGGUUUUUUCUCACAUAAGGAUUUUGUGAGUGAUUUAAAUGAAGGAUGUGCUUUAAUUUGAUCUUUUAUUUCGUACAUGCAUCAAUUUUGUGGAAUGUAUCUUGGACUAAAGGCAUAUUGACCUGUGCAAUGAAUUAUCAUUUUUAUCCUCAUAAGCUAUAAAUAUUGAAGUCUCUUUAAAUUGGAAUGACAUUAUCAUUCAUAAUGACGUAUCCUUGAACUAGGUCAUUACAUGGAUUUUAGUCAUAUUUUCGGUGGCCAGAAUUUGUAAUGCGGUACUCUUGAUUAUACCGUAAUCUUUGCACUUACAUUUCGUUGCCAUAGGAACUGUUAUCAAGAACAUUUCUUGAAUUCAGCAGCAGCCGUGCUAAACAUGUCAUAGCAGAAAUCAAUGUGAAGUAAUGUAUGAUUAUUUAAUAAAUAUUAUCCAAUAUUA